AUGAGCACCAGUGACACUGACGAGGAUAUUUGUAUGAAGAAAGCUGAAAAAGAGUUCAAACUGUAUAGGAAUAAGCGAAAAAUUCAAAAAAUGCUUGAUGAAUAUAAUUCGCAACUAGUUUCUCAAAGAGAAAACAAUCUCCAAUACGAAUGAAGUGGGGAUGGGCUCGAAAUAUUUUUGGCUCAGAGCGAUUUUGAUAAAGAACUAUCUUCAAUUGCAAUAAGUCAAAAUAUUUAUGAAGCAUAUAACCCAAAGAAUCCAUAUCAUUCAGGGGAGGAUUCACAUACCGAAAUUUCGGAGAAUACGAAUGCUGAAGAAGAGAUGUCUAUUAAAGCAACUGAUGAUACUAACAGGAAACAAAUGAUUGCUCUGUUGUAA